GGAAGUGUGUAUUACGUCACAGCUAAGUUAAAUAGUGAGAGCGCAGUUGAACGCGCCGCGUGCGUUGCGUCACUCAGAGGAGAACAGCUGAUACCUCAGUAAAAAACCAUCGACAAACAGAUAACGGACCACUGUCAACCGUGUUUGUAAGGUUUAAGAUUAUCAUUCCAUUGACAAACCGUAGCUGAUCAAAGAUGGGAAAGGAAUUCAAAGGCACAGUUAAAGAUUACCCUGACUUUGAUGCAAACAGUGAUGCAGAGUCUCUCUAUAAUGCCAUGAAAGGUUUUGGAAGUGACAAGCAGACCAUCUUAGACUUGAUUACAUCACGAAGCAACGCUCAGAGACAGGAGAUCCGCAGUGCUUACAAAUCCCUCUAUGGCCAGGAUUUAAUUGAUGACCUUAAAUAUGAGCUGACGGGGAAGUUUGAACGUCUGAUUAUUGGUCUGAUGAGACCUCCGGCCUAUCACGAUGCCAAAGAAAUCAAGGAUGCCAUUAAGGGAGCAGGAACAGAUGAAAAGUGUUUAAUUGAAAUUCUUGCUUCAAGAACUAAUCAACAGAUUCAUGAUCUGGUGGCAGCAUAUAAAGAUGCUUAUAACAGAGACCUUGAAGAGGACGUUAUAGGAGACACAUCUGGACAUUUUAAGAAGAUGCUGGUUGUUUUACUUCAGGGGAGCAGAGAGGAAGAUGAUGUUGUUAGUGAAGAUCUUGUCCAGCAGGAUGCUCAGGACCUGUAUGAUGCAGGAGAGGCACAAUGGGGCACAGAUGAAGCCCAAUUCAUCAUGUUGCUGGGAAACCGGAGUGUGACGCACUUACAGUGUGUAUUUGAUGAAUAUCAGAAAAUCGCUGAGAAGUCGAUUGAGGACAGUAUUAAGAGCGAGCUGUCAGGAGACUUUGAGAGACUGAUGCUCGCUGUCGUUCAUUGUAUCAGGAGUAAACCCAUGUUUUUCGCCCAACGCCUUUACAAAUCCAUGAAGGGUCUGGGUACAGCUGAUAACACACUGAUUCGUAUUAUGGUGUCUCGCUGUGAGAUCGAUAUGUUGGACAUCAGGGAAUGUUUCCGGCUUCGCUAUGAGAAAUCUCUAUACAACAUGAUUCAGGAUGACACAUCUGGAGAAUACAAACAGACACUCCUGAAGCUGUGUGGUGGAGAUGAUGAUAUUGCAGGAGAAUUUUUCCCUGAGGCAGCACAGAUCGCUUAUAAGAUGUGGGAGAUCAGUGCCAGCACCAAGAUCCAGUUAAGGGGAACAGUGAAACCAUGUUCAAAUUUCGACCCAGCGAGUGAUGCCAAAGCUUUGAGAAAAGCAAUGAAGGGUUUUGGCACGGAUGAAGACGCCAUCAUUGAAAUUGUGACACAAAGAAGCAAUAAACAGAGACAGGAGAUAAGAAAAACAUUUAAAUCUCUUUUAGGAAGGGAUCUCAUGGCUGACCUAAAAUCCGAACUGUCCAAAAACCUGGAGAGGCUCAUCCUCGGCCUGAUGAUGACUCCAGCAGAGUUUGAUGCUAAAAUGAUGAAGAAAGCCAUAGAGGGUGCAGGCACAGAUGAACAUGCACUGAUUGAGAUCUUGGUCACGAGGAGCAACGAGGAGAUUCAGGAUAUGUGUUCUGCCUUUCAGAGCGCAUAUAAGACAAGUUUGGAGGACGCCAUCGCAUCUGACACGUCUGGACAUUUCAAGCGGGCUCUGAUCUCUUUGGCGCAGGGAGCUCGUGAGGAGGGUCCAGAGGACAGGGACAAAGUCUUAGAAGAUGCCCAGGGAUUGGCAGACGCGUGUAACGCAGACUCGGAUGACAUGCAGGAUAAGAUCAUGAGUAUUCUGUGCACGAGGAGUUUUCCUCACCUGAGGAGAGUUUUCCAGGAAUUUGUGAGGUGCAGCAACAAAGACAUUGAACAGGUCAUAAAGAAGGAGUUGUCAGGGGAUUUUAAAAAUGCAAUGUUUGCUAUUGUGAGGAGUGUGAAGAACAGGCCUUCUUAUUUUGCUGACCGAUUGUACAAAGCCAUGAAGGGCCUGGGAACGGACGACAGGGCUCUCAUCCGCAUUAUGGUGUCCCGCUCUGAGAUCGACCUCUUCAACAUCCGCAAAGAGUUUAAGGAGACGCACGACGCCACUUUGCACGAAUUCAUCCAGGUAGAGGCCUUCGUUGGUGACACAUCAGGAGACUAUCGUAAAACUCUUCUGAUACUCUGUGGAGGUGAAGACUAAAACUCUGUCGCUGUAUAUUCAUGUGUUGUGUUGUGUUGUGUUGUUUAUGAGGUGAAAUCAUCUCUGUGCCCUCUGCCUCUAUGUUUAUGCCAAAGCUAUUGACCUUUGACCUAUGCAAAAGCCACACUAUGUUCCAUGUUCUGCAGUCUUUAUUUUUUACAGUUUGAAGCCGUAUUUGUGGUGUUAACUUAAUAUAAGUGCUUUAUUUGACAGUAUUUAAGCCAAAGUUGAUCACCUAAGAAAUUGAAGUAGUGAUCCUGUUUGAGUUGUGUGUUUUGGUACAUGUAAAGAAUGGCUGUGGUCAAUCUGGCAUUAUUAAAACUGAUGCAGUCCAGUAUUUGACUCACCAGGGGAUAUUUCUCACAUCCUUAUUUUAUUUAUCAUCGGUCUACUCUAGUGGGUCGAUUCACUCAGAUCAGUCAUUAACUGUACUAACAUUACACACACAACAGAUAAGGAAAUUCCCUCCUCUUGCAAUCAAUGUCAUUCUGUUCUCAAUAGGAAAUGUCUUGUUGUAAAUGAUACAGAUAGGAAAUGUGAUAUUUGAUGUUCUUGGUUAAUAAAAGAUAAUGUUUGUUUUUCAAAGCUAACCCUGCAUGAGAAAAAAAAACUCAUAAUAAUGGUGAUGAAGAGCGAGAGAGAAUAAAACUUCACAUUACUGUAGCGCUCUGUUUGGUGAACACCC